AUGGUGCCAUUAGCAUCCAAUAAACACUUAGUGUCGUUAGAGAAUGCUUACCAAGUAGCCACAACAAACUCAUUAACAAAGCAACCUGUAGGUGAAAAAUUAAGUCAGCUCAGUAAGCAACCUGUGAACAAAGUACCAACACAUACUAAUUUUGUUGGAGCACCUUCAUUAAAUUCUAACCAGAAGGUGGAGGGAUGCUCAGUAUUGUAUUCUCCCAAGACUCGGGACAAUAUUUCACGGGACCCCCAUAAUAGGGCUCUGAAAUCAUUAUCCUACUCCAAAAAACCAUCUGUUCCCUCACGAGAUCGUCACCAGAGACUAUCGUUGAAGUCGAAUCAACGUGUCACGAACUCACCUUUGCCUCACCCCAAACCUCAAACAUCUUCACUGAAUCUGAAUAAAACGUUAUCACUGAAGCACAAUCAAGUACCUUUGACCUCUCAGUUAUCUGUCACUAAACCUCAGGAUACCUCCUCUUUAGGCAGUAGUAGGACACCCUCUACACCCAAGUCUGAUAAAAGAGUCUUAAAUUCUUCCUUUUCAUUUUUCAAACAUCAAGAAACACGACCCCUAGACAGUCUCUGUACAUCAUCAUCAUCCUUACAGCCCCAUAAAAAAGAGCUUAUGGCAACUGUACCGCAAUACAAGGCUCAGAAAACAUCUUCAUUGAACAGCCUUUGGACAUCUUUAACAGACCACAGCCAAAGACCGUUGAGCUCACCCUCUCUCAACUCUGCACCGAAGACAAAUAGCGUACUUCAGAAAUCACCUUUGUUGGAGCAUAAUCAGAUGACUCCAAAAUCACCACUAGCUGACUCCAAACCUCAUACAAGACCUUUAUUGAAAUCUGAUUCCUGUGCUCAGAGCAUACCAUGGUCCCACUCAAGAUCAGGGACCUCUUUGUUACCACAUUCUGUACAUCGGUUCCAGAAUUUGUUUCAGUCCAAAUCUCAGCCAGUGUUUACACUUGAUCAUGUCUCGAAGAUACCAGGUUCACCAGUUUGUCACUGUAAGUUUCAGCACGCCACUUCACUGAAUGAUAAAUCGAAAGCCUCAUCUCCAUUCCGGUCUAAAUCAAGUACCUCCAGCCGAUUAUCAUCCAGUUCCAAAAAGCACAUCGGAAACAGACCUACCUCACCAGUCACUUCAAGACCCCAGAAUAAAAGCAGCUUAGAAUUUUGUGCAAAGGUAGAGCCAAAUAAAGAAAUUCCAUGGACUUUAGAUGUCACUACCCCCUGCAUUGUUAGAGGUGGAACUCUCUCUGAUGAUGUUGUAAAUAAAAUUAUCAAUUCUCUCUCCAAGACUAGAAUCCAAAAGGAUCUCUGUAGGCAGAUUCUCUAUCGAAGGAUGAGGGGAAAGCCCAAUCCUCACCCUGGUCCCCGCCUUUCAGUAAGUUAUUCAGUUUGUUUAACUUGCGCUUCCUGCGUAAAACCUCAGUGUACCCAUCUUACAGGAAAGAAAGAUCCUCAUGGUGCGACACUGUUUGUCAUACCAACACCUGAACCCAGUCCUGAGGGGAAAAUAAAGGUGAAACUAAUUUUUAUCCUUUCUCUACCAGAGACUUCUGUCUUACCUUCUCUCCCAUUCUCUGUGAAAGGAAGUCAGCCUGAUGAAGUCCUUGAAGACAAUCUUAAAGGAAUGGAAAAGAUAUCACAAUUUUUCCCGAAACCUGAACCUGCUAUCUCCCAAGGGCUUAAUAUGAAGAAAGAAUGGCCACCAGUGGCCCCUGAAAACAAAAUUUUAAACCAACAACCCCCUGCUACUGACUGGCUGCUUUGUGUUAAGAAAAACAAUUCUCAACCACAGGCUUUGGUUCUGUCUUCUUCCACCAACUCCAAGGCCUCCUUUUCUUCUUCCUCCUCCUCUUCAUCAUCAUCUUCCUCCUCUUUUAUUCAGGAGCACUCCCUAAACUCUCCUCCCAAAGAAACUGCCUCUGCUACUGUGUCAGGUUGUGUGCUUGAUAACGCGCUUAGUGAUUACAAGUUGCCUCCAGGUGUUUCCUGGCUGGACUUCAUACGUAGUAAAAACGACCGGCCACUUCCCAAUAAACUGCAUCUAAGUCAAUCACCAUCUUCCCAAAUGACUAUCAGGAAUAACACCCUAGAAAAAGGGACAAAAGGGUCAAAGGCACUGUUCAAAUUUUUUCAGACACAUUCGAAGUGA